AUGCUCGAGCUCCUUGCGCGUCCGGCCGUGGCCGCGCCGGUCCUGCUCCUGGUCGGAUAUAUUCUCCAUCACCUCGUGGUCAGGUCGCCCAAGCUGCCAGAUCUGCCCAUCGUCGGCGCCAAGGAAGGCGACUGGUUCCCCAUGCUCCAGGCGAGAUGGAGAAACAUUGUCGACUUCGAGGCCAGCCUCCGCGAGGGCUACCAAAGGUACAAAGGCCAGCCCGUGGUCGUCCCGGCGUCGCACCGGACCAGCGUCAUGCUCCCGCUGUCCGAUGUCGAGUGGUACCUGAACCAGCCCGACGACGUGCUCAGCUUCCACCUCGCGGCCCACGAGACCCUGCAGCUGGACCACACCAGCUUGGACCGCCGCCUGGCCCACGACACGGCCAACAACCGCGUCGUGACGGUGACGCUGAACGGGCAGCUCGGCAACCUGGCGCCCGACGUGCUGGACGAGGUCCGGGUCGGGUUCGAAAAGUGCUGGGGCGACAGGCCGGGCGAGGCGCGGGAGGUGAACCUCUACGAGACCACGACGCGCAUCAUCGCCGGCGUCACGGCCCGCAUCAUCCUCGGCGCCUCCUUCAGCCGCGACGAGGACUUCCUCAAGCUGAGCACCGCCUGCGCCCAGGACGUGCUGAUCUCGGCGCAGAUCCUGACCUUCACCUGGAAGCCGCUGCGGCCGGUCCUCGCGCCCCUGGUCACGCUCGCCGCCAAGACGCGCCUGCGCCGCUACAAGCGCGCCAUCGCGCCCGAGGUGAACCGCCGGCUGGCGGCCUGGGAUGCUCGGGCCCGGGGCGUCGAGGCCGAGGCCGAGGCCGAGGACGAGGGCGAGCCGAACGACUUUCUGCAGUGGACGAUCCGCCAGGCCAAGGAGAGCGGCGACCCGACCAUGUGGGAGCUCGACAUGCUGGCGGGCCGCACGCUCAUGCUCAACUUUGCGGCGAUCCACACGUCGUCGCUCACGCAGACGGCGGCGGUGCUGGAGCUGGCGGCGAGCAAAGGCUCGGUCGCGGCCGAGCUCCGGGCCGAGAUACGCGCCGUGGUGGCCGAGCACGGCUGGACGAAGCGGGCGGUGGCGCGCAUGGAGAAGCUCGACUCGGUGUUCCGCGAGAGCGCGCGGCUCAACUCGUUCGUCACGCUCGGCGUGGAGCGCAAGGUGGUGGCGGCGGGCGGCGUGACGACGCCGUCGGGCCUGCACGUGCCGCGGGGAGGCUGGGUGUGCCUGCCGGCGUACGGCGUGCUGCACGACGAGGCCGUCUACCCGGGCGCCGAGGAGUUCCGGUCGUUUCGGUUCUCGGACGCGCGGGCCGACGACGGCGGCGGCGCCACCUCGUACGUCGAGCGCGCCAGGAACGCCUUCCCCACCACCAAGCCCGAGUUCCUGGCGUUUGGCCACGGCCGCCACGCCUGUCCCGGCAGGUUCUUUGCCGCCCUGGAGCUCAAGAUGAUGAUGGCGUACAUUGUGCUCAACUACGACAUCUCGCCGCGCGAAAAGACGCCCAACAUGUGGUUUGGCGUGAACAGGGUGCCGGAUAUGACUGCCAAGAUACGGGUUCAGAGGAGGGAAAAGUCAUAG